CUCUACCUGUCAAUCUUGUUAGUUGAGCAUAAGAAAUCAAAUUUAUUGUGAGAUUUAGUACUGAAUUAAAGUAAAUAUGUGCGAGAUAAAGAAGAAUUUCGUGUCGCACGAUCUGGUGCACAAUCUGAAGUGCGCUGCACGUGCCCCAAAAGUUAGGCACAGUAUGCAGGCGACCAAGACCUGGCCCGGAGCCCGUUUCAUGUGCGUUGGCCAAAACGGGGAUCUGAACACGGCAGCCUACUGUUUGGCGGAGCUAAUGCACGAGCCCUUCCAGCCCUUUCCUAUGGCCACGGUGGUAGUACACAAGUCGAUCCGAGAUGACUUUAUUGCGAGGUUACGCAGUCGCUUUCGGCAGGUGAAGCCGCAUGUGGCCAACCAUCCGAACUUUGAGCGAUCGCUGAAUGAGCUGCAACACGGUUUGAGACCGUACCAAUAUGUUGUGGCCGACGUGGCCGAUGCUCCACCCUGUGCCAGUCCCAUUUUGGUCACAGGCAACGAUACCCACUUGAUAUUUCCCAGCGGCGCCAGUGGGACCACCACUCUGCAUACAUUCGAAACCAUGACCGAAGUUGCCCUGAUAUUUUCUAAGGAGACACCGCCCUUCGAGGCGGUGUACUUUUUCGACGAGGGCGUUACGGAUGUCUAUACCCUGGCGCCGCUCAUCAAGUGCGUGCAGUUCUUUGUAAACUGCAUGGAUGCCUGCCUGGUGGAGAUUAUGCCUCACUACAUGGAGCACAAUCCCAUGGCGAUCUAUAAGCGGGGCUAUCAUUACGAGACGCUCGAGAUGGGUCACCAGUGGAAGAUCAUAGUUUUUCCCUACAGUUCGGCCAUCCUGCGGCAAUGCUGCUGCCCCACCGGCCAUUGUCGCUGCUAUGCCACCCAUGCAGCCUGCUGUGAGGACCAUAUGAACGCUUAAGCGCUGGAGCAUCCUCUCUUUCUCUGAAAAGUUCGAGUCGUAACUCCGUCUUGGCACAGGAAAACUCGACUUCCUCCGUCUGCUGCUCUGUCGGCGGGAAAUUCUUCGACUGUCUGCGUCGUCCCAGAAAUCCGCAGUUCCAAUGAGUAGUUUGCGACUGGCAACACAUGUGAGCCAUAAUUUUCGCGCUAGUUGGCUCUUGGAUUGCUAGUAAAGUGGUUAUUCGCCAAGUGGGAAAUUAUUUCUCUUAACUUGUAAUAUUUAAGGGCAUUUUACGUAAAUUUAUUUGACAGAGAAGCUAACCUAAAAAUAUAUUGAUAAAUGAAAUAAAAUUUUAAAUGAAUAAAGUGUAAAUAUGAUAACUAAAUGAUAUUUUCUGGAAAA